AUGGCUAGAAGAGUGCGCUUCACAGUAGCACAACCUAUAACAAUCAUCGGGUGGUAAGUCUCACUGAGAUUCCCGCAAUAAACAAAUACUGAAUACAAAACACAGGUAUAUCUCCUCCUUCGCCCUAAUAUCACUCUGCGCCUGCGCCUCCCGUCCCCUCAUAAUCGAACCCCGCGAAACCCACGCCCUAACCCAAGCCUUCUACUACGCCCUCUUCGCUGCCGGUCUCUACUUCUUCGUCGCCUCCCUAAUGCUAGUAACCGUCUACGGAGCCUACAAACAACACUACUCGCCCUCAUUCCAACUCACAAUCUCACAACGCACCCUCAUGCUGCAAACCAUCUCGUUCCUAACCUACCUGCUUUCUGGCGCCGCGGUAUUCGCCCAUAUCGAAGGCUGGAAGUUUUUGGAUGGGGUUUAUUGGGCGGACUUUACGUUGUUGACGGUGGGCAUUGGGGAUUUAAGUCCGACGACGCAUCUUGGAAGAAGUUUAUUAUUUCCGUAUGCGAUUGCGGGGAUUAUUAUUCUGGGUUUGGUGAUUGGGAGUAUCAGGAGUCUCGUCUUAGAACGGGGGAAAGAGAGGAUGGGAAGAAGGAUGAUGGAGAGGGAACGGAGGAAGUUAGUAAGGAAGUCGGAAGGAAAGAAAGAUUUGAAACCCAUCGUGGACCAGCAAACCGAGAAAGCUCACCAAGCACCGACCUCUCAUGACCAAAAGAAGGGGAAGAGAAAGGACAAGAACUCCAAAACCUCUAGAUCAGAACGCGAUCGCCGCCACCGAGAAUUCCACCUCAUGCGCCGAAUCCAACACACAGCACACGUCAAACGCCGCUGGACAUCCCUCUGCAUCUCGCUCACGACGUGGAUGGCCCUCUGGUUCCUUGGUGCGGCCGUUUUUCAGAGGUGCGAACGGAGCCAGAGCUGGUCAUACUUCAUCUCCCUCUACUUCUCCUACACCUCAUUGCUCACUAUCGGUUACGGGGACUUCUAUCCUACGUCGAACAGCGGCAAGGCUUUCUUCGUAUUUUGGAGUCUGCUGGCGGUCCCCUCGCUUACGAUCCUCAUUAGUAACAUGGGUGAUACGAUUGUGAAGGGCAUCAGGGAUUUGACGCUAUGGGUGGGAGAUUUUACGGUGUUACCGGGGGAGAAGGGGAUGGGUGGGAUGAUGAGGGAGUUUGGGAGUAGAUUAUCGAGUGGGCGGCUUUUUGGUGGAUAUGGGGAUGUUGAGGAAGCACCGCCUAAUAUACUUAAUUCGGAUAAAAAGAUACCCUCGCUUUUCCAGAGCGAACAGCAUAAAAGGAACGACCCAGAAUCCGCAGAGCAAAAAGCAGAUGACGAGAAAGCCAACACAGAGACCUCCAACGCCCACAACAAAGGAAAGAAAAACGACAAGCUGCCCAAGAAUAAACACCACUACCACCUCCUACUCAUCCGCGAGAUUUCCUCCGUCCUCUCCCAUCUCAACAGCUCACCACCCCGGCAAUACACCUUCGAAGAAUGGGCGUGGUACCUGAAACUCGUGGGUGAAGAUGAGGCGGAUGGUCGUAAGCAUCGCGAACCGGUACGCAGACCGAAGCAGGAGGAGAAAGCGAAGAAGGAAGGGGCGGAAACGAGAGAUGGACAGGAUGAAGAGGGGAUUGGGGAUCGUGGGACGGGUAGUAAAGAGGGAAAGGGGGAGGCGAGGUGGAGUUGGGUGGGAAAUAGGAGUCCGUUGUUGGGUGGGAAGGAGGAGGCUGAGUGGGUUUUGGAGAGGUUGACUAAGACGCUUCAGAGGGAGUUGGAGGAGAUUAAGAGAGAGCAGGAGGAGGCUGGGGCGAGAGAAGGGAAGAGUGGGAGUUGA